GAUUUUUUUUUUUUUGUCUCUCUUUCACUCUCUGUAUGUUAACUUCUAUUUUUGUUUCAUCCUUGGACGUAAGCCAUACGUCAGUCAUUAAACCGGACGGAAUCUGCUCUGAUAAAAGAGACAAGAGACCCGUUGUACGGAACUCCGUACCACCGUACUUGUACUCCGAUGUUCUUAGCGCCUGAAAACCCAAAGCCUAGUCAGGAUCCAUAAUAUGGGGCUAAUCAACCCGAAUCCGAUCUGUUUCUGGCUUGUAUACCGGCUGAAGAAGUAUAUCGAUGGAAAUGCUUGAGUUUCUGCGCUCGGCCCGUCCACGUUGCACUGGAACAUGUGACUGAGGGGUCAUGGGACUCCGACUUGCAGCUCAACCUCCUUGGAUCGCAUUCUCGGUCGCCGUUUGCUAUUCCACACAGGCGAGGCUUCGAAUUUUUCGACCUUGAAAUAACCUGACGAGAUUUGUCCGUGACACAGGCGUUUCUGCAGGGUAACAUGUCCGCGACUGACGACUCCCUCCCGAUGAGGAUUCCGGUGGUGGAUUUCUCAUCGUGGAAUGACCCCCGUGACCAAACAGCUCGGAUGAGAGUGGCACAGGAACUUGUCGAAGCCUGCCAAAGAGUUGGUUUUGUUUACAUUAUAAAUCAUUCCCUGCCCGAAUCGUUCCUGGAUGAAGCCUUCGCAUGGACCAAGCGUCUCUUCGAUCUGCCCGAGGAGGUGAAGAUGAAAGCCCCUCAUCCACCAGGCUGGGCCGUCCAUCGAGGAUACUCGCCACCGGGAUUUGAAAAGGUCUCGCAGAGCCUUAGCACUGGGGACGAUGACGAGAUAAAACGAAAGAUGAGGCAGAUCCCGGAUGUCAAGGAAGUUUAUGACAUCGGCAGUGAAGAGAACACGGAUCAGCCCAAUCAGUGGAUCCCCGAAGAACUGUUUCCCGGCUUCCGCGCCUUCAUGAACAAGUUCUACUGGGAGUGUAAUCGAGUGGGCGAUAGCGUGCUUCGUGCCUUGGCCGUAGGGCUGAACUUGGACGACGAGUCUUAUCUGGCCAAGCAGCAUUCGGGAUAUGAAAAUCAUAUUCGAUUGCUUCAUUACAUGCCUAUAGCCGCCGAGGAAUUGGAGAAGGAGCGUGCCACUCGUUGCGGAGCACACACCGACUGGAGUUCCAUUACGAUGCUCUUCCAGGAUGACUGCGGUGGUUUAGAGGUGGAAGAUAUCUCUCGACCGGGAACGUUCGUUCCCGUGGAGCCCGUCAAGAACGCCAUUGUCAUGAACGUUGGAGAUCUUCUUCAGAGAUGGAGUAAUGACCGACUUCGUUCGACAAAUCACCGAGUUCGGCUACCACCACUCGCCGACCGAUUCGAGGGUCCCAAUCGAAUGACUCGCGACCGUUACUCGAUCCCGUACUUCAUGACGACUGAUCGGGAGACGGUCAUUGAAUGCAUACCAUCUUGUACGAACGAGAACGAGCCUCCCAAAUACCGCCCCAUCAAGCAGGUUGAUUACACCAGAAUGCGAGCAUCUAUGAUGUAUGAAAAGUGAUAUUCCUUAUUUCGUUGGUCAAAACCAGCACAAAUAAUAGCGACAGUGGCAUGGAUUUUAUAUGAAUACUCAUGAAUGAUGAAAUGAUC